AUAGAUCAAGAACACAGAUCUACAGCACUUCUAUUAUGCAAACCAGCAAGCCACUCAUACUGCUCUUAUUAGGAGCGUGGGCAUGUUGUGUGAACACAGUUCAGUCAAAACAUAUAGGUGCUGACAGUGAUCCCUCACAGGAUAUCGUGCAAUCCUCGAAUAACGAAAUGGGCAACACCUUGGGCAACCACGGAGACUUCGAACGUGCAAGAUAUGCCCCAGAAAGUGAAGAGCAAGAAAAGGAGUCCAAAUCAUUUCCAGCUGCCAGGAGGGACCUACCAUUGAGGGGCUUCAGCGAAGCGGACGAUGACGGGUCGGAAUACGGAACACAGGAGAAACUCCGUAGCUCAAAGAACAAGGCCGACAAGUUCGGACAGCUGAUUGCACAUGCGUUUAUCACCAAACACAGUGAAUAAAGGCACAUUCUUGUUGUCAGAAAUCUUA